AUGGGACAGGAUCAGACCAAGCAGCAGAUCGAGAAGGGGCUCCAUCUAUACCAGUCGAACCAGACGGAGAAGGCGCUGCAGGUGUGGGUGCGAGUGUUGGAGAAGAGCUCUGACCUGGUGGGGCGUUUCCGGGUGCUGGGCUGCCUGGUCACGGCCCACUCGGAGAUGGGCCGCUACAAGGAGAUGCUGAAGUUUGCCGUGGUGCAGAUCGACACUGCACGGGCGCUGGAGGACGCCGACUUCUUGCUCGAGAGCUACCUGAACCUGGCGCGCAGCAACGAGAAGCUAUGUGAGUUCCACAAGACCAUCUCCUACUGCAAGACGUGCCUCGGCCUGCCGGGCACCAGGGCGAGUGCCCAGCUCGGCGGCCAGGUCAGCCUAAGCAUGGGCAAUGCCUUCCUGGGCCUCAGCGUCUUCCAGAAGGCCCUGGAGAACUUCGAGAAGGCCUUGCGCUAUGCGCACAACAACGACGACACCAUGCUCGAGUGCCGGGUCUGCUGCAGUCUGGGCAGCUUCUAUGCCCAGGUCAAGGACUAUGAGAAAGCCCUGUUCUUCCCCUGCAAGGCUGCCGAGCUGGUCAACGACUAUGGCAAAGGCUGGAGCCUCAAGUACCGAGCCAUGAGCCAGUACCACAUGGCUGUGGCUUACCGCCUACUGGGCCACCUGGGCAGUGCCAUGGAGUGUUGUGAGGAGUCCAUGAAGAUCGCCCUGCAGCACGGGGACCGGCCCCUGCAGGCCCUCUGCCUGCUUUGCUUCGCUGACAUCCACCGGAGCCGAGGGGACCUGGAGACUGCCUUCCCCAGGUAUGACUCUGCCCUAAGCAUCUUAACUGAAAUCGGAAACCGCCUGGGCCAAGUGCAGGUGCUGCUGGGUGUGGCCAAAUGCUGGGUGGCCAGGAAGGUGCUAGACAAGGCCCUGGACACCAUUGAGAGAGCCCAGGACCUGGCCGAGGAGGUGGGCAACAAGCUGAGCCAGCUGAAGCUGCACUGUCUGAGCGAGCGCAUCUACCGAAGCCAGGGCUUGCAGCGGGAGCUGCGUUCCGAGGUCGUGCGCUUCCAUGAGUGUGUGGAGGAGACAGAGCUGUACUGCGGCCUGUGCGGGGAGUCCAUUGGCGAGAGGAACAGCCGGCUGCAGGCCCUGCCCUGCUCCCACAUUUUUCACUUCAGGUGCCUGCAGAACAACGGGACUCGGAGCUGCCCCAACUGCCGCCGCUCAUCCAUGAAGCCUGGCUUUGUGUGAGCCCCCAGCCACCACUCUUCC